AUGGAAGCCGACUGGAGUAAUCUGUUGAUGUUAGCAGAGGUGGCAGCUUCUGCUUCCCCUCUUCUCCCCACAUUCACUAUCAUCCCAUCUAACAACAAGAAGAAGAGGAAGACGAAUGACCACAGAAACAAGAGCAACAAGAAGAAGCCGACUCCCCGCAACACGUCUUACCAGAACCUCUGCAUUGCAAAACCAUCUCCACCUGAUUGGAUCGAGACCCAAUUCCAAUUGAAAGCAACGAGUCUCAUAUGGGUCUGUGAUAAACUUCUCAAACCCAGCGACACCAGACCUCGUCAAAACCGUCUCCUCCUUCCCACAUCAUUAAUCAGCCACACCCUCCUUCCUGCACUUACACCCCACCAAACAUCCAAGCUGAUAACUGACGGUGGGAUUGAUGGUGUUACACUCGACCAUAAGGGCCGACAUUGGAUCACGCGCUUCAACUACUGGAGAUCAUCUGGAUGCUAUACCUUGAAUGGCAGUUGGACCGAGUUGGUUGAUGCAAACGAGUUAUGUGCUAAUUUCCAUACUGUCCGCGUUUGGGUUUUUUAUUAUGGGCCUCAAAAUCAAGAACUGGGUUUUAUUGUACACAACAAAGAGGAUUGA